UGAAGCCCCCCAACUUCACGUUUCCAAGAAGUAAAACGAUCCUUCUUCUUCUUCUUAUUCUUAUUCUUCUCCUGCUUCAGUCACAAAUUCAAGCCACGAGCUGGUGAUAAUCAAAUCUCCGAAGAGGUCUAUAGGCGCAAUUGGAUAUGAAGCCUGACAGUUCCAUAAUUUUAGGGCUAAUCAAUAUAAAAUGGAGAACAUGCAAUAUGCAGAGGAGCUCGUGAGAGAGUUUAUGAUCUUCAGAGGGUUUACAAAUACUCUGCAGGCUUUUGAGGCAGAAUUAUGCACAGAUGUUGGUAAAGGGUUUCAAGUGGACAAGUUGUUAGAUUUAAUAUUUUCUGUGUACAUUCCCAAAUUUCAGGCUGAAAAAUUAGUUGGUCUUCUUAGUUUCUUCAAGAAAUGCCUUUCUUCAUCGUCCGAGACAACUUUUGUUGCUACCUUAGCAAAAUUGGAGGUUUCUAUUUUACGCUACUAUAUUGUAUAUGCCACACAAUCAGGAAGGAAGGACAAAGUUGUAGAAUUCUUUGGGAUGAAUGGAAAUGAUUUGCUGCAAAGUGGCAAAGAUUGGACUCCGUGGUUUGCCAUUCCUUAUUUAAAGAAUCCAAGCUUGGACUCCCAGUUUCGCAUUUACUUCACAAAGGAAUGGUAUGAAGCCUUGCGCCUCUCUGUGAUGAAUUUUUUCAGCGUGAUCUUCAAUAAUACUCGUAUCCCUGCCCUAUUGAAAAUCAGUUCAGAUCAGAACACUGUCAACCGUCUGAAAAAGGACAUCAAGCAACUUAAUCUUAAGUUGUCACAACUUCAGGCGUUGUUGGAGGAAAAAGAGGUUCAGUUACGCCAGAUAAGGAGCAAUGCUGCAUUGGCAACCAAGUCAAGCUCAGAACAAGCCAACAAUUCAGCUUCAUCAAACAGUGUGCAUGAAGAAAUCCUUCCACGCACAAAUUCUCAAGACGCUUGUGUUUAUGAGAUCAUACAGCCAGGUCAAAAAGAACCACAUCAAGAAUUAGCUACUGCUGAACAUGCUAAAGCUACAUCUGGAUCAUCAGUUUUCAUGUCUGGGCGUGAUUUAAGUUCUCUUUCUUAUCCUCGUACUGAUAGGCUUCAAAGCGAUGAUAACAAUCAAUCACCCUCUUCUGGCACUUUCACUGAAGAUGUCAGAGAAACACCGGGAGAAGAAGAAUUCCCUGAAGUUAAAGUAGAUUUCCAGGAGACAUUUUUGGGCCAUACAAGUCCUAUAAGUCGGUGCCGUUUCUCAGCAUCUGGGAACAAUAUUGCUAGUGCUUCUGCUGAUGGCACAGUCAGGAUAUGGACAUAUGACUCAUCAAUUCCAGCAACUAGGAAUGCAACCAUAUAUUGUGGGGCAGAGAUUUUGUCACUGGACUGGGAAUGUAAAUCUGACCGUUUGCUUCUCAUAGGCACCGCUGAUGGAGGAAUUAAAGCAUGGAAUGUUGAUGCAAAGAGGGUUGUCUGUGAUCUUAAUACAACUCAAGCAUUUCCAAGGUGCCUGAGGCAUGAACUUCUCAAUUUUCAUCCCUCUGUGCUCCAUAACUAUAAUUUUGUUCCCUUGCAGUGUUUUGGAUAUAAAGUGCAGCCCUAUAGAGCCUAUUUUUGUUUCUGCAGCUGCAUCUAGAAGACAUGGCUCUAGCUAUAUUGACAGUUUGGGGUUUGCUUCAUUGACUGUAUGGACAUGAAAGGCAUGGAAAGCUAUG